GUGCACCGUUAUAACCGACGAUUCCUCUCCCCCCCCCCCCCCCCCUCUUCUGCAUCGCCAAUUCGCCUUCCACUCCAGACCUCUCCCUCUCUUCCUUCUCCAAACAUGUCCCUCUACCUUCCUCUACUUCGCCAUACCCAACUCUUUCCUUCCCCGACCCUCUCCCUCUCCCUUACUCUACCUCGCCAUCCCCAACUCCUUCCUUCCUCUAACUCGUUGCCCCCCUCGCUCCGCCUCCCAAUCCAGAGGUCGAUUUCGGAGCGACGAUGGUCGUUGCUCCACCUCCGCCUUGCAUGUUUUAAGUGGCAACGGAUUCAGAUCCACGCCUUUGCCUCUGCCGCCAAUCAAGAACUCCGACCAUGUAUGCUCGUCUUCGCUCCUCCUCUGCCUUCGGCGACGGAUUUAGAUCCAAAUCCUCCUCUCGACGCUCUCUCCUCUUCCUCCCUCAUCUACCUCGAUUCGCGGACUCAGAUUCGAAUUUGACACCCACGUAUGCUCGUCGUCGUCCGUCAUCUGCCUCCGACGGUUCUCUCUGCUUCCUUUGGUUCAAAAUUGGGAUUUUUAGGUGACAUGCAUAGCGAUGGUGGUGGUCGGAAGUGGUAUGCGUCGGUCUCUGAAUAACCGUCGUUUGAAACCGAAAUCGACGGUUGUGGUUAUCGGCUAACCGAUGGUGCCGUCGGUCGCGGUUGCGGUUGCCGAUGUUGCCUCUUUUUCGGUGUCGGCUAACCGACUUUGCGGUUCGAUUAAAACCGAAACCGCACCGCUAACAGGCCUACUAAAUAUUAUACACCAUAAAUCCCUCGUUACUUUUUGAAAUUGUUUCGUGACACAAAAUAUCACACACCACGGUACCACAUUGCUUUCCCUCCCCCCAUCUCCCCAUCCUUUGUUUCUUUUCCAAUCAUGUUCGAGAUUUCCUUUCUUUUCCAAUUUCACUUCAAAUUUGGUGCACGCUAGCAAUCUCGUGCACUCUUCGAAUUCUCUUUUUAUGUGAAUUUUGUUAAAAGUAAAUUUCACUAUGUGAGUAGCGAUUCAAUUGAUUUAAUUUGAACACGUAUAUCAUUCUAAAGAAAUUACUGAUAGAGUUAUGAACUUUGACCCCGUCAAAUUUCUUUUUAAGAUAAUUUAAUAAUAUGUCUAACAAUAAUUUUUUUGACACUCACGAAAUUGUUAUGUAUGAUGGGAUGGCUACACAAAACUAAACGAUAUUAAGAUAGUUUAGUAACGAUAUAAAAUAGGAGCGCGUCCUGUGAGUUAUGUUGGUACAUGAGCCAGACAGCCACUAGGGUGUGGUAAUGUAUAUUUGAAUGACAUUGGUGUAGUUUAGUAAGUUUAACGUUACCUGUGAAUACGUUAUUCAGGGGCGGACCUAGGUUAGCAACGGGUUUGUCAAUUGACAAACCUUAAUCCACUUUUGAGAUAAAUUACCUUUGUAAAAUUUUAUUGUAGUGAUAGUAGUAUUUGAACUUAAAACUAUUUGACAAUCCUUGAUGAUUUUGUGUUAUAGUUGAAUACCCCUGAUGUAAUUUAUGGGUUCGCCACUAACGUUAUUGCAACCAUAUCUUUAGAUUUUUUUUCACUUCAACAUAAUUUAUAUUAGUCAUCUACCUACAUUACUGUAAUAAACGCGCUGCUACGGAUCGAGAAAUCGCAGGAAUCGAGAAAGCAAGAAUCGAAAACACGACACACGAUUUACAUGGUUCACUAACACGAUGUGUGUCCACGGGCGAGAGAGGGUCAGUUUCACUAUAUCGAGGAGAUUAUAGAUUACAGAGGAGUAUGAGAAGUAUUUAUAGUACUUCUCCAUGUGGGUCUAAACCUAAUCCAAUCUGGUAAGAAAAUGGUUACAGACUGGGCCCAGAACCCGAACCCAAAUAACAUUGAGCCCAUACACCACUACUAUUUUUGGAAUUACAAUUCAACCUCAAAUAGUAGCGGCUGAUAGUCCGAUUCAAGUCACAUCAACAAUUAUAAUUCAAAACCAACUGAUGUUUUUCUCUCAUUGUUGUCAUCAUAAUUCAAAACCAACCGAUUGAUUCAAGCAGCUUCAUGCACGAGUGAUGAGCGGCAGGCAACCAGGUUCACUGGGGAUGGUGGUCGGUGGAUGCUGAUGUUUUUGUAGCACAAAAUGGGCCACAAGAAGAAGCCCAUGGUCAGUUGUAGUCGAUCAUCUCUCUUAGGUUAGGCCCUCGAGAAGCAAUGUGGGCUUCAGUGGGAAUCCGUCAGGGCUGGUCUGUGGCGCCAAUUGAGGUUUCCUUUGUCUGAAUGUCACAAGUAUCCAUGGACCGUCUCACACCCCAAAAGCCCAUCUCGGUCUCGGACGUACGUCUUUAAUAGGGAAAAGAAAAGAAAAAAAUAAUGGUAUUGGACUUCUCCAUUGCGGGCCAGUUAUGUCCCGAGUUGCAUAACGUCGUUUCUGCUACUGCCACUCUGUCGGGCCGGAACAGGUUUGAAGUUCCCCAUCCCCAUGUGGGUCAUUAUUCACUAGUUUAUAACUUGGCCCGUUGGUCGGAAUAUUCAUAUUUGAUUAUUUAUAUUUUUAUGUUACAUUUAUAUCUAUCAACCCAUAUAAUUUUAUUGACAAUCUUUCGAUCGAGAUGAUACAUAAAGAAAGAAUAUAUAGGUAAAAUAUUUGGAGAAAUUUCAUCAUCAUUUAAGAGUAUAAAAUAUAAAAAAUGUAUCAUUGAUCUCAUUUUCAUAAUGAUAAUUAAGUCCCUGGUAAAAUGCUAUUGGUUAAUUGAUUGUCAUUUGUCAAGAAAGAUAGAGUAGAAAAGCUCACUGAAAUUCCCACACAAACCAUAGAUAGUUUGAAACUAAAUCUUAAACUUGGCAUUCCUACAUAAAGGUUCAAUGCUCUCAUUUUAUGAACAAUAUUCCACUAAUCAAAAAGAAACGGAAAGUUGUUGAUUCAAGUCAACUAUAUACUAACAAUUCAGCUAAGAGGGGACCAUAAAAACUUGAGAGCAAACGCCAAAAAUAGGGUUAUCUCCAAUAUACUAAUAGACUCUAUCAAAGUAUAAGGAACAAAAUUAGACACUCCUCAUCUAUCAGUCCCAGUAGGUUGAAUAAAGAAUCGACCGACCUACUUCAGUAAAUCAAUUAAUGAUUCGUCGUUUUAAGAUAGAAAUAAGUUGUGAUAUCUUCAAAAACCAUAGAACUAAAGAUCUAAUAGCCACCACCCUUAGUUGUACAAUCAAAUUUUUAUCAACUUUAUCUUCAAUCUCAAGAGGCGUAUGUUUCAACCAAAAAUUCAAUUUCUAAUCCUCCUUUUGCAACUCCAUUUAUUGAACUCCAUUCUAUUCGCCAUGGAUUGAUAUCGGAUUUGAAAUCUUCUACUUGCCCAAUUUAAAUUCCUAACAAUAAAAUCGUAGUGCCAAGAGAUACCAGAAGAUUGAUUUUCAAAGGCAGAUUUGUAAAGUGAAAGGGGAGCAAACUAUUGCACGAUGGAGAAAAUUUCAGAGGAAGUUAGAAAGAGUUAAGAGCAAAGAUAAUAAAAAAGUACUAAAUUUAAAUAUAAAUUGAAAAAUGCAAGAAAACAACAUGUAGUAAUAGAAUUAGUCUCUUCCAUAAAAAUACAUGAAACUCUGUUAUGAAAAUUGCAGUAUCAACUUCAAGCACCAUAAAAAUACAUACUAUAGACUUAGUGGGCUUGCUAAUCAUGAUGGAAUAGUCCACCGAUUUUCAGAGUGUCACUUCAUGUAUGUUUUGUAUUAAAAAUGACAUAACAAAUUUGUUUAGUGUUAUUGGUUGUGAUUGUAGUCUUUGUUUGAAGAGACCCGGGUUCAAAUCUUGAUAUUGACAUUUUUUAUAUGAAAUAAUUAAUUAAUUGUAAAAACAAAAAUACCCUUCCUACUUUCACUCUCGUUGCAGAAAAUUUGAUACUUUUGUAUUGAUAUAGUAUACUCAACUUUAAAGUAUAUAUGUGAUCUAUGAGUAAUUUAUUUUCAUUCGUAAUUUUGACCCUAGUUUAUUGUUUCUUCUAGAAGUUGCCCUUGAAUAAUUGAAGAAAGUGCUCGACUUACUUUACUGAUGGAGCUAAAAAAUACCAAAUAAUUUAUAAAACCAUGUUUAAUAGUACCUAAUAUAUACACUUAAUGACAGUAAAGAUUUCUCUUAAAACAUACAUAAAAAUGAAUGUCAAUAGAUUAAUGUGCACUGUAUUUAGAACAAAGGGUUACUACAUUAGUUUGGUCCGAACUAUAGACAAACUUUCUACUUUGACCCGUGGUAUUGGAAAUUGCUAUUUUCGCCUGAACUAUGUAGCAAACUUCCUUAUUUGGCCCGAAGGCGGGUUUGACUGUCAAAUUAGACGGUCAAACCUGUUGACCGUUAGUCAAAGUCCACCUCACUUGCCACGUCAGCUAUCAAGAAAUAAAUUUUUUUUAUUUCUGAAUUUUGUUUACUUUCAAUUAAUAAAGAUAAACCAAAAAAAUUAAUUAAAGAAACAAAAAGCUCCAAAUUAAUUAAUUUGGGGUUGGGAUAAUUUGGGGCUUUUUUUGUUUCUUUAAUUAAUGUUUAUGGUUUAUUAUCUUUAUUAAUUGAAAGUAAACAAAAUUCAGAAAUAAAAAAAAUUCAUGAUAGCUGACAUAGCAAGUGAGGUGGACAUUGACUAACGGUCAACAGGUUUGACCGUCUAAUUUGAUGGUUAAACCCACCUCCAGACCAAAUAAAAAAGUUUGCUACAUAGUUCAGACCAGAAUAAUAAUUUUCAAUACCCCAGAACAAACGAAGAAUAACAUGAAAACAAACUUUUCUAAUUGGUUUUCCUUUCUGUUUCUUUCAAAGGAAGGGAAUACACACAAACACAAUACACAAAGCAAAGGCUGUCUUUUCUACCCAAAAAAAAGCUGUCUUGCACACGCAUAAACUUCGACUACACAACAAAUAGUUAAAUAUGAAGAAACUUAUUGUGGGAGGUAGAGUGUUAUUCUGCCUUAAAAGAGAAGUACUGAUACUUGUAGACGCAUGGACCGAAGAAGCAUGAUUGUGGCUAGGGGUGGGAAAUAGGUUGGUCCAUACCAGACCACAUCAGAUCAAUUUGAUGUUUGGAUCGAAUCACAUCAAAUCUAAUAUAAUAUGGUUUGUUUUUUGGUCUUGUGAAUUUUCUAGAUACUAAAGAAAAAUGGAUGGAAUUAGCAUUUGUACCAGACCAAAGUGGACCGAAUAAUGCAUUAUUGGAGUUCUCCUGAGUUUGAUUCGAUCAAGACCGGACCUGACCGUUGCCCACCCCUAAUUGUGGUGGUACUUUAAAAUGUUUCGUCUUUUAUAGCGAUAAUAUUGGGAGUACACUUCGUUAGUUUCUUUUGGGGAAACCAUCUCAGCAUAAGUAUGUCAAAUGAGUUUGCUGAAAUUUAUGUCAAAGCAAGCAAAAUCUAAUGAAUUAAACUUCGAUAUGAAUGUAGGAAUAAUUUGAUUUAGUCACUCCCUUUCCGCGGUAGUUUUUUGUUGGGUAGGUGUGUUGCCCUGCAUAAAUAGAUUGCCAACCAAAGACCAUAUAAACCACCAAAAAAGGAGUUCAAUAGAGCUAACCUCAAAGUGUCAAUUUAAAAUGGACUAACCACAAAAUGACUUCAAAUUCAAUUAAAUGUCAAUCAUACAAAAUAUGCUACUACAAAUAAACAAAGACUUCAUCUCCAGUCUUGCAAUAGGUUAUAUCAAUUCUAUAUAUGAACCUCGCAGCCACAUCAACAAUUUCAAACCAUCCUCAUCUUUGCAAUGAGUUAGCAAUUUCAAUUAAUCGGACCUACAACAUUUGCAAAUGCAUAACAUAAGUACUUUGGUAAAAAUUGAAGUAAAACUUAUUAUAAUAAUAUAAAUUAUUCAUAUCAUAUGUAUGAUUUCAUUAUGUUUUGAAUAAUUGUUUAUAUGGAGGUAACAAUGUUGAGUUUAAGGUUUGAUAAUCAAAUGACGAAUAGCAAACAGUCUUCCUCUUUAAUGGGUUAAUUCGUUAUAGUUUUUGGAAGAAAAAAUUGAUAAUUGGCUGAAAAUUUGUUAGAAGUACUUGUUAAAAUAAGAAAUCAUGUAAAAUGACAAAAAAGAUUUCUAAUAUAAUAGAUGAGUAAAAAUUGUAAAAAAUAAAAAGUAUUCAAAAUGGAUCUUGUUAGAUUACUUUAUCUUAAUUGAUGUUAUUUUAUAAUUUAUUUUACUUUUAAAAAUUAUAUAAAUGAAAGAGGAGUUGUUUUCUCGAAAAAAAUAAAAAAUGGCAAAGAUAAUCUUGUAUUUCAAAAUAGGAUUUUACAGAAGCUCCAAUUACUUAUGUUUUUAUGUAACAGAAACAUUUUCAGUUUUUCAAAAUCGAGCUUAUAAAGGUGUUUGAUCCGACUUUAACUUUUAAAGUAGCCAAUAAUUGAAAACCGCACUGUACCGGUAUUUCGACCAUAAAAACCUUCAACUGAUGCUAAAGUAACGUUUAGUUAAUGGUAUGAAAUAAUUGAACCGUGAUUUCAGUAUAAAAUAUUCUAUCAUUAAGAGCAUGACCAAACAUUGGGCACUUUGAUCAACGAAAAGAAAUAAGUGAGAACCAAGCUCAUGUAAGCCACAUUUAAAAGUCAAUUUCAAGGCUAAAGAAUCAAGCUGAUGGAGGUAGACGGUUUUCCUUCAAUUUCAAGCCACAUUUAAAAGUCAAUUUCAAGGCUAAAGAACCAAGCUCAUGUAGCAGCCCAUCCUCUGUAUCUAUUUUGUUAGUGCUGUAGUCCAGCAGUAGUCCUUCCGCUCAAGGACAGGCCUAUUUUGGGCCCAACACAAUGUCGAACAAAAGCCCGUUGGUGGAGAAUAAAUAGGAAGGCAGGACGGAUGCGUGGAACAGAACGCAACACUUCAUUUAAUUCGGAUGAAAUGACCUUAUUAACCUUCCGUGAAGUGCUCUGCAGCCAGCAAAUUCAAAAUGCUGAAAAUUGGAUAUAUGAAUCUCCAUUAUAUAUUUUGUAGAUUAGCAAGGUUGUCAAACCCUUAUUUGGCCUGCUGGUUCAAUCACGUUCGACUAGGUUAAAUUAUUCAAAAUCGAGUUAAACCAAUUAAAAUCGGGUGGCUUGACUAGUCAAAAUCAGAUUUGAAGAUGAGGAUUGAUAGUUUUAUUUCUUUAAAAGAAAUACUUUGGUAAUAUAUAAAUGUGAUUAGUGAUAUUGUUCUAAAAUAUGUUAAAUAGAUGCAUAAUCUAAUCUAUUUGUUAUUAGAUGUUUGCUCCCUCAAUCCACUUGUAUAAACUAUCAAAUAUUUCUUUACAAGAAAUCAUUUGGUAAUAUAUGAAUGUAGAUUACUGAGAUUAUUUUAAAAUGUGUCAAAUAUAUGCAUAAUGUAUUUGUUAUUGGAUGUUUUCUCCCUCAAUCCACUUGUAAAAACUAUCAAAUAUUUCUUUACAAUAAAUAAUUUGUAAUAUAUGAAUGUAGAUUAUUGAGAUUAUUUUAAAAUGUGUCAAAUAUAUGCAUAAUGUAUUUGUUAUUGGAUGUUUUUUUUCCUCAAUCCAUUUGUAAAAUCGGCUUUAUAGUUUAAUCCGAUUUUAAAACCAUUUUCAUUAGCGACUCAACCUUUUGAAACUUUUUAAUUUAUUUAAAACCAUGUAUUAUUUCAUUAAUGGAAAUAUUAUAGGAAUCCUUUAACAACUAUGGUACUAUGAAAAUUGGGACCUGAAAACUCAAAUAUCAUGUUGAUCCCAAACACAAGCGGUUUCUAUUUCUUGCGGGAAUUUCGGUAUCUUCGUUUCAGUCGAUGAACACCCAGAAACUCCUCCCCAUGGCUGGCUAACUUCCUUAAUUGCGUAUGUAUGUGAACCCUAGGAGUUCUCACCAUGUAAACUCGAUGCUUUGGUUUAAUACAAUUGUGUUUAUUUCUUAUGUGUUGAUGUUUGAUUUCCUCUAUUUUGUUAUUUAUCAAUUUGAAUGAGAGCCUAGUCGGCCUUACACUCCUUCGAGGUGCAAAGAUCGAAAUCCAAGUCGCUGAGAUAUUUCAUGAACUGUGUUGGGUAUUGAUCAAAUCCUCUCAAUUAUGAUAUUAACCUAAGCUAGAGAACAUCCAAUUAGAUUAAUUAGAGCACUUACCUCAUUCUUCAUUGUUGGUCGAUGGAUCUAGCGUGAAAUUGGGCCUCAAUGCCAUAUUGUAUUGUACUUUAAUAGAGGGAACCUACUUGGCACUCCCUAGACGUGCUAAUUUGUCGGAUGUGGAAACCCCCCUUCGGGUAGUUCACUCUAUGUGAGGUUGAGUAACUCGAAAGGGAGCUUAGCCCAGAAUAGGAUCCUUCGAUGUGAAAAUCAAGAUUUGACAAACUA